UGCUUUCUCUUAAUUUGGUCUAAGAGCUGUCGAAUAGGGAAAACUAGCUCUGAUUAACAUGAAGACGAGAGGUUUCAUUGUUUGCAUGGCCUUCAUAAUGUUGUGUUCGAUUGAGGUGCAUGGGCAUCUGCGUUCCAGAUUUUACGAUAAAACGUGUCCGAAGGCAUUGUCGACAGUGAAAGCUGCGGUAAAACAGUUAAUCGACAAGGACAAUCGAAAUGCUGCUGCGAUGCUUCAACUUCAGUUUCACGAUUGUUUCGUUCGUGGGUGUGAUGGGUCUGUACUGUUGGACGACUCGCCGACAAUAAUAGGAGAAAAGACUGCUGCUCCCAAUGCUAACAAUUCUGUGAGAGGAUUCGACCUUAUCGACACCAUCAAAGCUCAAGUGGAGGCAGUCUGCACUGGAGUUGUGUCCUGUGCAGACCUUGUCGCCCUUGCUGCUCGUGAUUCUGUUGUCGCGCUGGGAGGACCAACAUGGAGAGUGAUGCUAGGGCGGAGAGACUCGACAAAUGCCAGUCUAAGCACUGCUAACACACAACUGCCACCCUCUUCAUCCAAUCUUACUUCUUUGAUUUCAUUUUUUAGUGCCAAGGGUCUUUCCCCUAAAGACCUGGUUGCACUGUCAGGUGCUCAUACAAUCGGUAAAGCCCAAUGCAAAACGUACAGAGCUCGCAUUUACAACGACACCAACAUAGAUCCUUCAUUUGCAGCUUCAAUCAAGGCGGUCUGCCCAAGUACUCGUGGCAUUGGAGAUUUCAAUCUCUCUCGCCUAGAUCUUCAAACUCCCUUUGUUUUUGAUAAUAGCUAUUAUAAAAAUCUGAUAGCAAAGAAAGGACUUUUUCACUCUGAUCAAGAGCUAUUUAAUGGAGUAUUUACAGAUUCUCAGGUCAUAACCUAUUCUACCAAUCAAACUCAGUUCUUCGUAGAUUUUGCAAAUGCCAUGAUGAAGAUGGGAAAAAUUAAUCCUCUCACUGGCAGAAAUGGGCAAAUUCGAAAGAAUUGUAGAAAACCAAAUUAAAUGUAUUAUUUUCAAGUACACAUAUGAUUGACAAUAUAAACAUUAUGCUUUUUUAGUUGCUAUUUAUUU